AGCUUCGCCGUCGGGUGCUCUAUAUUACCGUUAAUUCUGUUUUCAAUGGAAAAAAGCGCGCGCUCUUUUCCAUUUAAAAUUCAUGAAUAACUUUUUUUUUGGUAUUGGUGUUUCCACGACAAAUAAAGAAAUGCAAGCGCAGUUGAAGCAAAAACCGCAAACAAAUUGCACACAAAUUCUAUCAUAGAGUAAAAAAAACCCCACAUAACAGAUACAAAAAAAUAAAUAAAAAAACAAGAGACAAAUUUCCAAAGUACAGCAAAUUUAAUGAAAUUGCUAGCUACUGAAGUUAAAUUAAAUUCGUGCGGGCGUCACACAAAAAGCGAGUGAAUUGUACACAUACACACAUACUAUAUAUACACGCACGCUAAAAAUUUUCUCCUGCAAAGAUAACUCUUCGGAAGACAACACAAUGCUACCACAGCAGUAUUGUCUGCGCUGGAAAUACCAUCACAGCAAUCUGCAGACGAUGUUUUCGCAGCUUCUGGAUCGGGGCUGCUUCUGCGAUGUAACCUUGGCCUGUGAGGGUCAACUGAUACGCGCCCAUCGCGUCGUUCUUUGCGCCUGCAGCACCUUCUUUGACUCGGUGCUCUCAAAUUAUGCCAGCGAGCGCGAUCCGAUAAUCAUAAUGAAGGACGUGACAUUCGCAGAGGUCAAGUGCCUCAUUGAGUUUAUGUACAAGGGCGAAAUUAAUGUGGAGCACGCCAGCUUGCCCUCGCUACUGAAGACUGCCGAUGAUCUCAAAAUCAAGGGGCUGGCCGAGGUGUCAUGGCGCGACGACGACGAUGGUCCACCACUUCCAAUGGCCGCAGCCGAGUUCCACUCACCGCAUCGCAGCUUGGCUGAAAGCUAUGCCCAAGAAAUGUUGCAUCAACAGGCACAGCAGUCCACAAUGCAGUCGCAUCGCCAUCGUUGCACAUCCUCGCCCGAGCACGAACGCCACUCGCCGACAAUGGACAGUGUGCUGGGCCUGAGCACCCGUAUGCCCACACUCACGCCCAUUCCGAGCGCCAGUGCCACUCUGGAGGGUGGCGGCGCACCCGUCGAGCACUACAUGGGGCCGAAGCGUAAACGUGGACGUCCCCCGCUAGAUGAUGCCUACGAUGUUUUCAAUGUUCGUAAGAUGGCCCACUAUCCAAACAAUUUGGAGCCACCACAGCGCGCCUAUUUUGGCGACGAGCCUCAGCCACCCGCACAUUCCGCCUGCUUGGCGUCACCGCCCACCGCUGCUUCCGCUUAUGCGCCACCAAAGCAUCGUCAGCGCCAACGCCAGCAGCUGCCAACCGCGAUGGACAAUGCCGAGCACUAUGCCGGCGAGCAGGAAUCGCCUCAUGAUUGGCCCAACAGCAACAGUAAUAAUGACAACAAUAAGCAGCUAAAUGGAACCGAAAGCGAUCCUCUCGCAACUGCCGAUGCGCCGGAUGAGGACAAUGUUGAUGUUAAGCAUGACAUUGAGCUGAAAGAUGAUGCCCCAGCCCAGCCCUCCACUACGCAAUCGAAGAAGCAGGAGAAGGCGCUGGAGCGACGUGACCGUCAUGGAAAACUUCGCCAUGCACGUCGCAGCUCCAGCGAGCGUGAAAAAUCAGCGGAGAAGCCAUCAAUGCGUCAGCGAUCAACAGUGGCGACACACGAUGAGCAGCAUGAGCUGGCCGAUGUGCCGCAGCCCGUCGAGGAGAUUGAGAACGAGCAUUUAGUGGCCAAUCGAGUCGACUCGCCAGCCGCAAGAUCCGCAGCUCUGCUCCAUUCCAGCUUCGGCAAAUAUGGUCCGACCGAAGCCGGAUAUCUGAUCAACGAGCAUGGGAUGCUGAUGGCUCAUGAGUUUGGUCCAAAUGUGGCAAGUGCUGCUGCUUCGGCUGCUGUGGUGGCCGCAGCUGCGGCCGCUGCGGUUGCCGCUAAUGCCACCAAUGGUAGUCAUAGCGGCGAACAUGGUGCCGGAGCUGGCGGUGAAUAUGUGGACAUUAAGAUCGAGGAGUACGAUGCGACAGAGUUGCGACUGACCAACGAGGAGCUCUCCCAGUGGCAGGAUGUUAUCAAAAUGGAUGACUACCUUGCCAAAGGACGACGUCCUCAGUUCUGGGAGGAGCCCUUCACCAAGCGCGUGCUGGAUGCCAUUAAAAACAAAAGACUUGAAAUGAAGAAGGCAGCGCGUAUACUGGGCGUCUCCUAUGGAACACUUUACGGUCGUUAUCGCGAGGUCUACGGCUGCCUGAAGCAUCCAUACAGCGGCACCGCCUUCCGCAAUUCAUCCGCCUCGUCCGCAGCCAGCCAACUUGGUGUCCAGCAACGGUUCGAUCUGUCCUUUCGCAAUGGCGGCGUAUUGCCACCGCAACUGGAGCUCGGAAAACUGCGUCAAAAAGAUUUGAGCGAGCUGUGGACACGUCCGCAAAUUUGAAAAUCAAGUGCGUCGUUGAAAAAUCUCAAACGUCGUCGUCGGCUGCUUUAAAGGGCGUUCGCCGCUUUGAAAUUUUGUUUAAAUUCAAUUCAUAGUUUAUAUAUUUAGAUCAAAUAUAAUGAUAAAUUGAUAAGCCUUUGCAUAGGGGCGGAAAUUGAUCUUCUGUUCAUUCGAUAAAGUACAGCUUAACGACGUUAAGCACGAGGCUAGCUUAAGAUAGAUUAUCUAUAAAUGGAUGAAAACCCUGAAGAAUAUUCCUUUUAGUUUGCUUUCUUCAAAUCACAAUUACAAUUUCACAGAUCUUAUUAUUACAUACAUAUAUAUAAAUAUAUAACAUAAACAUUGUUUAGUUAAUCACAAAGUAAAAUAAUUAAAAACGGAAAAUAAGUAUAUUAGAAUGGUAUUAAAUAACACACUGAAUGUGAAUGA